AAUGCCGAAGUACGGACAGUGCAGAGUCCAGAGGGACGGGACGGAACGGAAGAGAGAUAUUGGACAGAGGGAAAACAAAGAGGAGGAAGAAGGGGAAGAAGAAGCAUCAUACAACGAGCGGGCGAGCGAGCGGGGCAAAGGAAACCGUUUCAGCCGCCAGAGCCGGCGCUUUCUCCGACUAGGUUUUCAGAGCACUGCAAUGCUGCAGCCAUGAUUGAGUCUGAUAUUUUUCUUACCACCAAGGUUCAGAGUGAAGAUAUGCUGGUAGUAAUGGGAAAUGAGCAGGAACAUAGUGAAUCAGAAGGCAGCCGGACAAAGAAGAAGAAGAAGCAAGAUGGAACAUCGCGACCAGCUUGCUCUUGGGUGCAUUUUAGUCGUGAAUUUAUCAAGGAGUACACUGCUUCCCAUCCCGAAUCUUCAGGCUUGAAAGCGGCCACAAAAGCUGCUUCAGAUGCUUGGAAAUUGAUGAGUCCAGAAGAGAAAUCAAAAUACACUAAUCGAGCCCGUGAAGUUUGGGAUAAAUACUUGAGCACUACACCUGCUCGUGUGCCCAAGCCUAGAAGACAAACAAAACUUGUCACUAGGUGCUCUCCUGGUCGGUUAUUAAAUGUGUUGCAACGACUGACUCCUGAACAGCAGGCUGCUGUAAAGAGCAUGGGAUUUGGAAGUAUCCUAAAUCUCAGGUGCCGAACAUUGCGGCGCAGUCUGUGUCUUUGGUUAUUGGAGAAGUUUAACACAGUUCGGCGCAGCUUGGAGAUAUGUGGGGAACGCAUCCCUUUGAGUCCCCAUGAUGUUGAACUGGUGAUGGGAUUGUCUUCCAGUGGGAAAGAUGUUGUAAACUCUGGACCUGAUGAGUUAAUUGCUGAAUUACGCAAGAAGUACAAUGCAACAAAUCGUGGGAUUUCGGUCCGUCUCUUGGAGGAAAGAUUGGCAGUCCCUGAAGCUGGAGAAGAUUUCAAAAGAUCAUUUGUUCUUUAUGUAUUAGGCACUCUUCUUUGUCCCACAGCAAGACUAGAUGUCAGUCCGUCAUUUCUGCAUUUUUUGACUAACAUGGAUGUUGUACACCAAUAUAAUUGGGGGAAAUUUUUGCUUGAUCGGCUAGUUCGUGAGGUAGCCCGUUAUCGUCAAGGGAAGCAACGUGCAGUUGGUGGUUGCCUUUUGUUUCUCCAGCUCUUUUAUUAUGAGAGUGUUGCUGUUGGAGAACCAUCCGAACUAUCAUCUGCUGUUUUUCCAUGCCUGGCCUCUUGGGGUGAGGAAGAAAUAAGUGAGAGAGAAAAGCAAGAACGGGAGCUUGGAGGUUAUGGAUGUGGAGAGGUGGUUUGCAAGGAAAGGGGCUUAGGGGUGGGACUAGGUUAUAGAUCACAACAAGACAACAGUUCUCCGGCAUUAAGUUCACCAAAUAUUGAAAAUUACACUCUUAUCGAGCAGGUUGGGUAUCAGCAAUAUCUUUUUCAAGAAGAUUUGAAGACAGUCGAUGAUAUUGGCGAGGAUCAUGUUAACGGGGACAUGAUUACUGCUGAGGAAAAUAUGCCAUUAAGUGGAAAUGACUGCAAUGCAGUCUGCAUGGAAAUCGAAAUUGCGGAUCCAGACAGAGCACCUUGUCGAAAUAUCCAGUAUGGCUGUGCAGAAAUCAUGGAAAAUACUAAAAGGAAAGAUCACGAAGAGGUCUGCAUCUACGCACCUUGUGCUUGCCCCCUUCGUAAGUGCCAUUUCAUCGGCUCAACCUCACAGCUAUCCGAGCAUUUCAGCAGCAAGCAUUGGGACUCUGGAAGACGGUUUCAGUACAACAGCCCUUUACCCGUCACCUUAAACAAGAACGAGGCCUGCCUCGUCCUUCAAGCUGAGAAGGACGGUAUUCUUUUCCUUCUCAAUAAAGGGACAGAGAGUAUUGGCCACACUGUCAUGAUAACAUGCAUAGGCCCAAGCUCAUCCAAAGAACAGUACUUAUAUGAUGUGGUAUCUGAAAGAGGUAAUAGCUGUCUCAGAUUGAAGUCGUAUACGAACAAUUUUCCAGGCAGGGUCGAGGGUUCUCCUCCCGUGGAUUUCCUCCUUGUUCCGUUUGGUUUUUUAGCCCCGACUGGGAAGCUUGACCUAGAGGUAUGUAUACGGAACUCAACUGAUAUAGGAGCUGAUUGAUCGCAAAAUUUGUCGUCACUAUCAUGUCAUAUUUUUAUCUUGCAAAGUGUACUUAGUCAUUCUGUUAGAGAAAUAGAAAAGAAAAGAAAAAAAAAAGUGUUUUUAUGUGAUUUUAAGUAAUAUGCAACUUCAUUAGAGCAGAAACACUUAGGAGGCUAACCUAACAUUGCAAUAGGAGAGUGUACACUUAAAAUUCCAAGCCUCUCCGAUUCAUGAUCCAAAUAUUGUAAUUAUUUCCGGAUAAUAUAACAGU